CAGCCACCUUUGCCCUCGACGACUUUUACCUUCGACAAUUUCUACCUUCGCCAACAUUUCCCUUCAACGACCUUAACUUUCAACGACCUUUACCCUCAAAAAUUUCUUCCUUCGAAACAACUUCUACCUUCAACGACUUCGACAUUCAGCGACUUCUACCUUCACUGAUAUCAACUAUUGCCAACUUCUACCUUCGCCAACACUCCUUUCGUCGUCGGUAUUUAUCUUCAACGAGUUUACUUUCAACGACCUUUACAUACCCUCACCAUAUUUCCCUUGACGACUUCUACCUUCGACGACUCUUUUUCUCGACGAUCUUUGCCCUUGGCGAAUUUUAUAUACACCUUUAACAACCAUUCGAACUUGACACUCUUCAUCUUCAUCCAACAUGUCCCUCUCUGUGGAACGCAAAUUCCCCAUCCUCCGUCUGCCCGCCGAGAUCAGGCUCAUGGUCUACCACCAGAUCUUGACUCUCCCCAUCCCGGAAAUGAUCUCCACUCUCACAUCCCUCACUGCCUCCUGUCACCAAAUCCGCGGAGAAGUACUCCACGAGUACUUGAACCACAUCCUCCCCACCACCCAGCUGCACCUCUCUGCCUCCGCACCGCGUAAGCAUCACCUCCCGGGGCCAGCUGAAACCCUGGAAGCACUCGAGGCCUCCCCAUUCUUUAAGCAAAACAUUCAACACGUCAGCCUCCAAUGGGGCGGCUGUGUCUGUUCGCAUGCACCUUGGUACAUCGAAGACAUCCAGGAGGCGGGCCUCGAUUGGCUCGUGCAGCUCAAACAGCUGAAGACGCUGGAGCUGGUCUUCGUUGAGUCGCGAUACCAUGACAUGCAGCGAUUCACUCGGAACGGGUCGCUGCCGGCCCCGGCUGUGGACCAGGAGCAUGAAGAGGGCGAGGAUUUUGGUGGAGAGUGGGGUGAGGAGAACAAUGAGCUGGAGAUCAUUGAGUUCAUUUGCGGUGAUUGCUGGGAUAGACUCAUGGCGCUGCCCCGGACUCUUGAAAAGGUCGUUUUCAAGGUGUGGGGUAGGGAGGAUCCUGCUAACGCGCUUGGCAUCCCUUAUGUCAGAGAGACGUGGGAAGUGACGGAGUGGUAUCAUAGGAUGAGAGUUCAGGAAGCGAAGUAUCAGAGGAGGAGGAUUGGCUAUGAGGUGGCGGUGGAGGAUGUGAAUGUGAUUAAGAACCAGCUCGACCAUUUUGGCCGCAUUAUCAACAUCAUCAGCAUUAUCAGCACCAUCAGCAUCAUCGGCAUCAACAUUAUCAGCAUCAACAUCAUAAGCAUCAGCAUCAUCGGCAUCAGCAUUAUCAGCAUUGGAAGCACUGGAGAGCAUUGGAAGCACUGGAGGGUGGCGUAAGGGUAAUGAUUGUUUUGGAGGUUUUGCGUUGAUGAGGAAUUUUGAGCGUAGCGAGGACCACCCGGAGGGGCUUCCACCGAGUGCCCACUGCAGAUAGAAAGAUAG